UCAUUAGUCGGAGCGCAACACUACAUUCAAGACUCAACCAAUCAAGAUUUAGAUUUACUUUACGAGUUUUCAAAGAAAAUACGAAACAGAGCAGCUUUCGGGAUUGGAGUAAAUUGUAAUUUCUAUGAGCGCGGUGUAUUUUUUUUAAAAACCGAGACAUGUUCAGACAAUUGAGAAAUUUUUCGUUGGAAGUGUUGUUUUUUUAGAAAGAGUUUUUCCAUUCUCUGACAACUGUCACAUUUAUUGUAAGUGUGCUGUGUGUACUUAAAGCUUUCGAUAUAGAAUCUGUGCCACAGAAUUUCUUUUUUGGGAGAUCCGCCAAGGGAAGGAGAUGGCGCAGUGAGUAGUCAACUACAGCUGAGUCCUUCACAGAGACAAAGGAAAACAUGGAUGAGGACAAAGAAAAGCUGUUGCCGAAGGGGGAAACCAGCUUUACAGAGAAUUUGAACCAGAAACUCUAUGGUUCUUUCGCCGUGCGCAUCCCUGACACCAUCGACGAGGAUGUGGGCAGCCUGAGGUCUCGCGAGUUCUCCAAUAGUGUGUCCGCCAGUGCGUCCGUUGGUGUGUCCGGCGCGCUGUCCACGGAGGCUGGAAGCUUUAGCACAGCGGUGGGCGCCCCAGCCUUCCCACAGGGGAGACAGAAUGGAGGCUUGCCGGGUCAAGGAGAGACCAGGCCAGUGGUGGAACGGAUCGUGUUUCCGGAAGCCCAGAAAGCUACAGAUUCUGCGCAAUCUCUGUAUGACCUUCCGGUCUGGGGAGCUCACAGCCCUUGUGGGAAACUCUGAAAUCCUCCUCCUGGACGAGCCUACCUCCGGCCUGGACGCCUUCACGGCGCGCCAUCUGGUGUCCAGCCUGGCCGACCUGGCACACAGGGGCAAGCUGGUCCUCAUGUCCAUCCACCAGCCCCGCUCAGACAUCUUCGGCCUCCUUGACAAGAUCGCCAUCCUCACGGUGGGCAGAGUGGCCUUUUCCGGUCGACCUAGUCAGAUGGUGCCAUAUUUCUCCAAGAUUGGAUACCCGUGCCCGAGAGAACAGAACCCGUGUGAUGUGUAUAUUGACGUGACAAGCGUGGACCGGCGAACCCCGGCCCGUGAGAAAGAGACCUUCGCCGCUGCCCAAAAGAUCUGCAACGCCUUCUCCAAUUCGGACCUACAGGCAAACAUCAUCAAAGAGAUCACAUCGGGCCUCAACCAUCAUUACAACCGCAUGAACGUGCACCUGCAGAGAGACCGCGGCUCCUUCAUAGGCCGCUUGGCUCACCUGCCUUUCUUCGUCCCCUUUAUCCUCAUAUUUGUGGGCCGCCUGGGAACUAACGAGGGUUCCAUACAGGACAGGCUGGGCGUGGUCUACCAAGCUGUACAAACGCCUCCCUACAUGGGACUCUUGCACGCUGUCGCCAUGUAUCUAUAGAGAACAUGCCGGACAUUCUGCAGUGGGCUGGCUACAUAGCCGUGCACAAAUACGCUACGGAAGUCAUCGUGGUCAACGAGUUCAAAGGGCUGGUCUUUGACUGUGAAUCCUCUGUACCAGGUGAGCCAUGCCAAACAACUGGCCAAGACUUCAUUGACCAGGUGUACCCCGGAGCUGAGAACAGACUGGACAGGAACUGGGGACUUGUCUGCAGCUACUUCGUGGCCAUUCUCAUCCUAGCCGUCAUGUUGUUCAAGGCGAGAGGAAUACCCAUCCUGCACUAGUUGUCACACACGAACAAGAUAUUCAUGGGUUCUGGGAGCGGGCUAUUGGCGUGGAGAGAAAGAUUGUCGCGUGAAAGAGAACGCUUGAAAUAUAUCGUCAGCCAUCGGUUCAGACGCACUUAGCCCGUAAUUAUGAUAUUUUCAAGAGCAGCUUCUUACUCUUUGAUAUUGGUUACAUGUGUUCAAGAACUGUUUGAUCGAAUUUCAUAUUUUAAAUGUUGAAAAAACUCAAGAGGAGAUACAUAAUGUAAGGACAAUUGCUAAAAGAACGAAACAGCUUUUUUCUUCUUCUAAAGUUUUUUUUUAUUUCUAAGCUUAGUACAGUGCAUUUGAACAGCUCGUCGACUGCAUGUAUCCAUGUUUGUCUUUCGAGAGCCUAAGGGGGUUAGUUACCAACUGGCAGGGACUUCAAUGUUAUCUUGUGGAAAAGAGCGAUUUAAAGGAUGCUUAGGUGUGUGUCCUUUGAUUGACGGAAAGUUAGUAAUUGGCAGACAGUGAGGUAUUGCCAUGUUGAAGAGAACGCUUACAAAGAUGUUUCCCAGAACGAUCUUCGGGGUGCUAAGAUGGUUGUCGGAAAUUGGUGGGCACUCAAUAUCGUUUGAAAGGGGGUGCUUAAUUGAACUGCAUGCCUCGCAGUAUGGCUUUUGAAAGGCUAAUGUGUAAGCUUGCAAUAUUACCGUUAAAAAGUAUGUUUUGCAGGGUGUAUUAUACAUUUUCCUAGGCGCCAACACGGUUAGUAGCUGGCUUGUACUGAACGAACAAGGUAGUUGUUGCAAAUACAUUUCAGACCUGUUCGUUUAGACGAGACAAAUGUGAGGCAGCGUGGUGGAAUCAGGCUCUCGUCAAAAUAAUC